UUAGACUGGCGAGAAUAACAACAGCAAAAGGAAAUGGCAGCUAAUUUCACAGAAAAGGAUCUCUCCUGUCCUGUUUGCCAUGAAAUUUUCAAGAAUCCUAUUGUUCUACAUUGUAGUCACAGUGUGUGUAAAGUGUGUUUGCUGCAGUUUUGGGAAAGCAAAGGAUCCAGAGAAUGUCCUGUUUGUAGGAAAAGAUCAUCUAUGAUGAGUCAGUUACCCUUAAACUUGGCCUUAAAGAACCUGUGUGAGACUUUCUUACAGGAGAGAAGUCAGAGCUCAGCGUCUGAAACAGUCUGCAGUCUGCACAGUGAGAAACUUAAACUCUUCUGUCUGGAUGAUCAACAGCCGCUGUGUGUGGUGUGUCGGGAUUCAAGAAAACACACCAACCACAAAUUCUGCCCCGUUGAUGAGGCAGUAACCGACUAUCAGGAGGAGCUGAAAACUGCACUGAAGCCCCUACAGGAGAAACUGAAGAUCUUUCAAGACUGUAAACUGAACUGGAGUCAGACUGCAGAACAUAUAAAGAUUCAGGCCCAACACACAGAGUGUCAGAUUAAGGAGGAGUUUGAGAAGCUUCACCAGUUUCUACGAGAUGAAGAGGCAGUCAGGAUCACUGCACUGAGAAAGGAAGAAGAGCAGAAGAGUCAGAUGAUGAAGGAGAAGAUUGAGAAGCUGAGCGGAGACAUAUCAUCUCUUUCAGAUACAAUCAGAACCAUAGAAGAGGAGAUGAGAGCUGAAGAUGUCUCAUUCUUACAAAACUACAAGGCCACAGUGAAAAGAGCCCAGUGCACACUAAAGCAUCCAGAGAAGCCUUCAGGAGCACUGAUCCAUGUGGCAAAACAUCUGGCCAACCUGAAGUUCAGAGUCUGGGAGAAAAUGCAACACAUGGUCCAAUAUACACCUGUAACUCUGGACCCCAACACUGCUCAUCCUAAACUCGUUGUAUCUAAUGAUCUGACCAGUUUGAGACUCAGUGCUGAGAAACAGAACCUUCUUGAUAAUCCAAAGAGAUUUGAUGAAUUACAAUGCAUUCUGGGCUCUGAAAGCUUUAACUCGGGGACACACUGCUGGGAUGUUGAAGUUGGAAACUGUACAUUAUGGCUUGUGGGUGUGAUGUCAGAAUCUGCUUGGAGGAAGGGAGAUAUAACCUCCAGAGAUGGAAUCUGGUAUGUGGUGUAUAAGAUCAGUCAUUAUAGUGCACGAUCUACACCACAACCAUCCAUGAUCCUUUCAAUAGCACAGAAGCUCCAGAGGAUCAGAGUGCAGCUGGAUUGGGACAGAGGAAAGCUGUCAUUCUCUGAUCCUCUCAGUAACACACACAUACACACUUUCACACACACAUUUACUGAGAAAUUACUGCCACUUUUAGCUAUUGGAUCUAAAGACUCUACUCUGAAAAUCCUCCCACCUCAGUGUUCUAUAAAAGUGACAUAUUAGAGCUGGUUCAGAAAAAAAAAAUACACACACACAUCUCAUCUCAUCUCAUCUCAUUAUCUCUAGCCGCUUUAUCCUUCUACAGGGUCGUAGGCAAGCUGGAGCCUAUCCCAGCUGACUACAGGCGAAAGGCGGGGUACACCCUGGACAAGUCACCAGGUCAUCACAGGGCUGACACGUAGACACAGACAACCAUUCACACCCACAUUCACACCUACGGUCAAUUUAGAGUCACCAGUUAACCUAACCUGCAUGUCUUUGAACUGUGGGGGAAACCGGAGCACCCGGAGGAAACCCACGCGGACACGGGGAGAACAUGCAAACUCCGCACAGAAAGGCCCUUGCCGGCCCCGGGGCUCGAACCCGGACCUUCUUGCUGUGAGGUGACAGCGCUGACCGCUACACCACUGUGCCUAUAUGCAAAAGUUUGGGUACCCCUGGUCAAAAUUGCUGUUACUGUGAAUGGUUAAGCAAGUUGAAGAUGAAAUGAUCUCCAAAAGGCAUAAAGUUAAAGAUGACUCAUUCCCUUUAUAUUUUAAGUAAAAACAAUUUUUUUUUCAUCUUUUACAUUUUCAAAAUGACAAAAAAGGAAAAGGGCCCGAAGCAAAAGUUUGGGCACCCUGCAUGGUUAGUACCUAGUAACACCCCCUUUGGUAAGUAUCACAGCUUGUAAACACUUUUUGUAGCCAGCUAAUAAUCUUUCAGUUCUUACCUGGGGGAUUUUCACACAUUCGUCCUUACAAAAGGCUUCUGGUUCUACAAGUUUCUUGGGCUGUCUUGCAUGCACUGCUCUUUUGAGAUCUAUCCACAGAUUUUCAAUGAUGUUUAGGUCAGGGGACUGUGAGGGCCAGGGCAAAACCUUCAGCUUAUGCCUCUUGAGGUAUUCCAUUGUAUAUUUUGAGGUGUGUUUUGGAUUGUCUUAUUGUAGGACCCAUCCUCUUUUUAACUUCAACUUUUUUACAGAUGGUGUGAUGUUUGCUUCCAGAAUUUGCUGGUAUUUAUUCAAAUCCAUGCUUCCCUCAACCAAUGAAAUGUGCCCUGUGCCACUGGCUGCAACACAACCCCAAAACAUGAUCGAUCCACACCCAUGCUUCAGAGUUGGAAAGGUAUUCUUUUCCUGGAAUUUGGCACCCUUUUUUCUCCAAACAUACCUUUGCACAUUGUGGCCAAAAAGUUCUAUUUUGAUUUCAUCAGUCCACAGGCCUUGUUUCCAGAAUGCAUCAGGCUUAUUUAGAUGUUCAUUUGCAAACUUCAGACGCUGAAUUUUGUGGCUAGGAUGCGGGAAAGGUUUUCUUCUGAUGACUCUCCCAUGAAGGUCAUAUUUGUUCAGGUGUCGCUGCAUGGUAGAACAGUGCACCACCACUCCAGGGUCUGCUAAAUCUUUCUGAAGGUCUUUUGCAGUCAAACAGGGGUUUUUAUUUGCGUUUCUAGCAAUUCAACGAACAGUUCUUUCAGAAAGUUUUCUUCAUCUUCCAGACCUCACCUUGAUCUUCACUGUUUCUGUUAACUGCCAUUUCUUAAUAACAUUACAAUCUGAGAGUCACGUGGGAUCGCCGAGUAAGAUGGCCGCACACUAGAAGUUGUCGAGAAACGUCACCGAAAUAAUGUAAUUUAUUCGUCAAUAUCUCCUCAUUUACAAUUAUUUGUUAUACUCGUCAAUAGCUUCAUAGUUUCCUCGUCAAUUUAUCCGUCAAAUAUAGACUAUGGCUUCAUCCUCGAAGUAUUUCAUGAACACGCGUGGAAAGCCUGACAGGGACACUGGUGGUGCUAGCCCAAAACGCUCUGAACACAAUGCUAGCCUGGAAAACCUUUUCACUGAAGUGAGUAAAAUGAGCUCUAUGCUCAAUACAGUGGCUACGGACGUGUCAACUAUUAAAGAGACUACAACGGAACUGAAAAAUGCUGUAAGCGCCAUGCAAGGAUGGCUGACUGGCCGAAACCCGAAUAUCCGAAGUGGAGGACAUUACCCAACAGUUGGUCAAUGACCGCGAGGUACACCGUAGGCGUAUAGACACACUGUGGAGUCGUGUAGAAGAUUUGGAAAACAGAAGCCGCCAUAACAAUGUCAGGCUGCUAGGUUUGAAGGAGGGCGCUGAGGGAAACAACUUAAAGGCAUGUAUUGAAAGGAUCUUGUCUGAGGGUUUAGGCAUGGACAUUGACAGUGAAUUUGAGAUUGAAAGGGCACAUCGUUCUCCUGGAUAUCGUCUGGAGGAAAACCAACCACCGAGAAUGUGACGGAGGCCUCUGUCUCCAUUCACGAGCGGCACCUGUAGCCAAGGACGCGUUAUCCUAAUGGGCUUCAUGGACAGCUGCCCAGAGCCUCGGCCACUAGGGGACCUCGGAGGUAGCGAGAUAGGAAAAUAUGAAACAAUAUUUUCAGAAGUUUUGAUCAUAUUGAUAACAUUUUUGAUGCAUUUCGCCACCCGUAAGGAAGCCCACCUUGUCCCGUCGCAUAAAUCACCUGUCAUUGUCAAUAUGAUCACUGUCCACCAUGUCUUCACACGCUACGCCAGCUUGAGUUCAAUGAUUUAAUUAAUGACUUCGCUUUCCAGAAAAGUAGGAAAGUGCCCUUGUAAGUUGACCCAUGGCUGUCAAACUGAAUGCGCAAAGUUGUGUGCCACUGCUGUUUGGGACAUUACGUGUGUGAAAGGAUGAAAUGUUUCACAUAGCCUAACAUUUUGAGAUUUAUUUCUGAGAAGCAAGAUAUUUUUCUUUCUUUGUUAUCGCUCUUUGUUUUCACAAGUUAAAAGUCGCCUGGAUUCCAAAAUGAAAACGAACGGUUAUAUACCAAAUGAAUGUUCUUGUUCUGAAUACUAAAGAAACUGUUGUAGGCCUAGGUUAUGUUCUUGACAUGUUGUUCAUUGACUCACUCAUUCAAAGGCUUCUUGAGGCUAAACUUUAGUUAACCAGACUUGUUAACCGUGAUGUCUGAUGGAUUUUUUCACCAUGCAGUUGCCUAUUUCACCAUUGCUUUUUCUUGAUUAAAUAGGUGUUGAUGGAUAUAAAGUUUUAUCGUUCAAUAGUAUUUCUAAUUGUGCCACUGUCAUUAUUUAAGUUUCUGUGUCUAGUUAGACAGGCACGUCUGAGGGGGUGAAUUUGCUGAGCGC